UGCAUUUCAUGUUUCUUUUGGAUGAAUCAUUGGCAGCAGGAUGGGAGAUAUAUUUAACCAUUAUUUAAAAACUGUGUAAAAACCAACUAAAUAGGUAAAAUGAAGCAUGUCCAACGAAAAGAUUCGAAACCCACCUAGUUUCUUGCCUUGCUAUGUAUGUGGUGGACUUUAUUCUCAGCACUCCCUCCACCUCCACAUUCCGAAAUGCCUACAUCGAUGGACAUCAGACAACAGCAAAAAGCUAAAGCGGAAACAAGAACCCUUCCGAUUGGAUGCUGAUAUUUGGGAAGAGGAAGGAUUUGAUCAUUCAAAAGUACCUUUUGUAGACAGUCCACCGGACAGACCAGGGACAAGAAUUGUGCUGAAUCCGAAGCCUUAUCUUCACCGUCCUGUGAUAACACCAGAGAAAAAACCUGUCCGCAAGCAUCAGAAUUCAAAGAGUUCAAGCCAAAAUGAAGAUUUUUCGACGAUCAAUACUGAUCGCUGUCCGGCAAAAACUUUCUCCUGUUGCGGUUUCACUUCAGUUCUGACCACCGUCCCCGCCAGACGAUCUCAUCGGACACCGCUCGAAGAAAAAGUCCGACGUUCGGACAUGGAUGUUUCUGAAGUUCGACAAGGGAAACGUCCCGUUCGUGUGUACCGGCCAUCACGUCUUCCAAAUCAAAACUUCAGCAACAAAGGAUACAAAGAAAAACAGAACAAGAGUAUUGAUGGAGACAUGUCGAAAGAAGUGCAGUCCAAAGGUAACGGACCAGCACAAGUCAGCUACAGCAAAUGCAGCGUUUGUGGAGAACAUGUAGAUACCAGGAAACUGAAAAUUCACGAAUCCAACUGUCUGAAAAUAGGUGGUCUAGGCUCUUCAAAGGCAACCAUCCGUAGGCCACCUCUAGUUAUAUGCUACAUCUGUGGUCGGCAGUUCGGUACUAGAUCGAUAUCUCUUCAUGAGCCUCAUUGCCUUAAAAAGUGGAAGUUGGAAAACGACAGAUUGCCCAAAAAUCUUAGGCGCCAGGAACCUCGGAAGCCAGAAGUCAUACUCAAAGGUGAUGGCACAUUUGACACUACGGCUAUGUCGGAAGCAGCUUGGCAGAUCCACUUGGAACAGCUUGUUCCUUGCGAUAACUGUGGCAGAACCUUUUUGCCAGAUCGCCUCCCAAUCCACCAGAGAGGAUGCCAUAACUCAAGCAGAUACAGUCGGAUCCCGACUUACGCGAGGGAUGCGUUCCAAGACUCCUCGCAAAGAACCAAUUAAAGCGGUAAGAUGAUGUGAUGGUGUAGAUUUCACCGCAGAAAAGAAAUGGAAACAGAAGAAAUCGAAUGAGCUGUUAAGUUAGAAAUAGAGCUUAUAAGACACAUUUUUACAAACGUUCUGCCGGUAUGCAAACUGUAAACUUGUUUUUAAUAAAUU